AUGAAGACGUACAUUGUCGGCCCCGAGAAUGCCAGCUCGGCCAUCCUGAUUGUCUACGACGUGUUCGGCUUCUCGCCCCAGAUCCUCCAGGGCGCCGACAUCCUCGCGUCGGGCGGCUACCGCGUGUACAUGCCCGACCUCCUUCACGGCGACUACGCGACUCCCGACAUGUUCGAUGGCUCGGCCGAGGGCGCAGCCAAGGCAGCAAAGUACUUCCAGGGCUUCCCUGCUGUCCCCCAGACCCAGUCGACUCAGAUUGGCGCAUCGCUCGCCGAGCUCAAGGUCACGCACGACAAGGUUGGCACAGUCGGCUACUGCUGGGGCUGGAAGGCGACGACUACUUCGGUCGACGUCAACGACUUUACUGCCAUUGCGAGCUGCCACCCGUCCUUCAUUGACCUCGAGGACGCCGAAAAGGUCAACGUGCCAGUCUGCCUCCUUCCGUCCAAGGACGAGGACAAGGCCGUCGUCGAUGGCGUGUUCGCCAAGCUCGAGCAGAAGAACCCAGGACAGAACUUCCUCAAGUGGUACCCUGACGAGCCGCACGGUUGGGCGGCUGCGCGUGGAGACCUCUCGGGCAACGAGCAUACCAAGGCGUACCAGGAGGCGUACGCUGACCUGCUCACUUUCUUCAAGGCCAAGCUCUAA